AUGUUGUGUCGCGGAUUGAUUGUGUUAUUUGUGUUUAUUGUUUGUUCUUUAGGCCAAAAUUAUGACGGGCCAGCAAGUCACUCAAGAACCGUAAUGAGUGGUAGACUUAAUGCCGUGGAUUGGACACCCCACAUAAAAGAAUAUACUGGACUGCUUAACCCAGAGUGCGUGCAGCAGUACAUCCGAAUCUACCUAACAAGAAUCGUUCCACCGAGAACCUACUUAUACCACCACGAAGUCAUUGCCACACACACCUACCCGCAGGGCUACUACGGCGAUGGUAGCGUCGAUAUUGGCUGGCGAAUAGUCGGAGGUCGUUUCGUGGACAUAAAAGAGGCACCGUACCAGGUUCUAUAUGGCAAGUACUGCGGUGGGACGCUCAUAGCUCCUGAGUGGGUGAUCACCGCAGCACACUGUAAAGAAAAUGCGGAAUUUGUUUAUGUCGGAUCGACAUAUCGUAGCCUGGCGCAGCCCUACACAAUUUGUGCCCAUUUCAUCCAUCCUAUGUGGAACCAGUCCAAACUCCACACUCAUGACUAUGAUUACCAGCUCAUUCUACUGGAGAAAGCUGUUCCUGUCACAGCUACCACUAGACCCAUCGCGAUUGGCAAUAUUGCCGACGUAAGACCCGACAUCAUGAUUGGGGUUAGCGGAUGGGGGCAUUUAUCUUAUAGUAAGAAAAGCCGAAUGCAAGACCAUUUGCGACGAGUAUUUGUGCCAGUGAUGGCAGAUGAGCUCUGUAAAGAGAUGCCCGACGGCAACUAUAACAUGAUUACACCAAGAAUGUUCUGCGCUGGAUACCUCAAUGGAACUAAGGAUUCGUGUCAGGGCGACUCCGGCGGACCAGCAGUUGUUAACGGAAAAUUGGUUGGCAUAGUGUCAUACGGUGUCGGAUGCGCCGGUGCCGGACACCCCGGUGUCUACAGCCUUGUGCCCGUAGCCCGGCGGUGGAUACGAAGUAUCACCGGGUUACCUUUGUAA